AUGAGUACUUCUCAGGGAUAUCAAGAUGCCUUGAUUGAGAUUCUUCAGGGGUUUGCUUCUCCAAACAAUGAGAUCCGUUCUGCUGCUGAGAAAAGUCUGAAUCAAAAUUGGAUCACCGCCGAGAACAUCGAGCCACUAUUGAUCUUUCUUGCUGAACAGGCUUCGCUCUCGCAGGAUCUAACUAUAGCUGCUCUUUCUGCGGUUCUGUUCAGAAAACUGGCUCUUAGGGCUCCUCCUUCGUCUAAGACUGUUAUUAUUGCUAAAAACAUUUCUCAUAUCAGCGAAAAUGCUUUACUUCAUAUAAGGUCGACUCUUUUGAAAGGGUUCGUUUGCGAGAGACCCAAGGAUAUAAGGCACAAGCUUUCAGAUGCUAUUUCAGAAUGUGCCAUAGAAGAAUUGCCUGCUUGGCCGGAACUAUUACAGGCCAUCGUGGAAUUUUUGAAAAAUCAAGAUCCUAUAUUCAGAGAGUCCAGUUUCAGAAUUUUGGCUUCUGUACCACAUCUAAUCAACGCGGUCGAUGUAGCAAAUGUUUUGCCUGUGUUUGAAGCAGGUUUCACAGAUGCAAACGACGAAGUAAAGAUAUCAGCUGUCACUGCAUUUGUCGGUUAUUUCAAACAAUUACCAAAAGUUCAUUGGUCUAAUAUUGGUGUUUUACUACCAAGUCUAUUGAACAGUUUGCCUAAAUUCUUGGAUGACAAUAAAGAUGACGCUUUAGCUUCCGUUUUUGAGUCCCUAAUCGAAUUAGUAGAAUUGGCUCCAAGAUUAUUCAAAGGUAUGUUUGACCAAAUUAUUCAAUUCUCCGAUAUUGUCAUCAAAAAUAAGGAUUUAGAAACGCACGCAAGAACUACAGCAUUGGAAUUAUUAACUGUAUUCAGUGAAAAUGCUCCUCAAAUGUGUAAAUCCAAUCCAAAUUACUCUCAAUCCCUUGUAAUGAAUACUCUGUUAAUGAUGACAGAAGUCUCCUUUGAUGAUGAUGAAGCUUCUGAAUGGAGAGAGUCAGAUGACACUGAAGAUGAAGAAGAGGUCACAUACGAUCAUGCACGUCAAUCCUUAGAUCGUGUUUCUUUAAAAUUAGGUGGUGAGUAUUUGGCUCCAACUUUAUUCCAAUAUUUACAACAAAUGGUUAAAUCAAGUGAAUGGAGAGAAAGAUUUGCAGCAAUGAUGGCCUUAUCUUCUGCUGCAGAAGGUUGUCAAGACGUCUUAAUAGGUGAAAUUCCAAAAAUUCUUGAUAUGGUCAUUUCCUUAAUCAACGAUCCACAUCCAAGAGUUCAGUACGGUUGUUGUAAUGUAUUAGGUCAAAUUUCUACUGAUUUUGCUCCAUUAAUUCAAAGAACUUCCCAUGAUAGAAUUGUUCCUGCUUUAAUUUCAAAAUUGACCCCGGAAUCCCUCGAUAGAGUUCAAACCCAUGCAGCUGCAGCUUUAGUGAACUUCUCUGAACAAGCCAAUCAAGGUAUUCUUGAACCAUAUCUAGACAGUUUAUUGACCAACUUAUUAACACUCUUACAAAGUAAUAAACUUUAUGUUCAAGAGCAAGCUUUGACUACAAUUGCAUUCAUUGCAGAAGCCGCAAAGACUAAAUUUAUCAAAUAUUAUGAUACGUUAAUGCCAUUACUAUUAAACGUUUUGAAAAUGGAAAAUGUUGAUAGUAACGGUGUUCUAAAGGGGAAAUGUAUUGAAUGUGCAACUCUCAUCGCUGCCGCUGUCGGUAAACAGAAAUUUUCAGAACAUUCCCAGGAAUUGAUAAAUCUUUUAUUAGCACACCAAUCAAACUCUGUUGAUGAUGAAAACGAAUCUAUCAGAUCAUACUUGGAGCAUGGAUGGGGUAGAAUAUGUAAAAUUUUAGGGGCUGAUUUUGUUCCUUUACUACCUGUUGUAUUACCACCACUUUUAGAAACUGCUAAAGCUACACAGGAUGUAAGUCUGAUUGAAGAAGAAGAAGCUGCAGAAUUCCAAAAGUAUUCUGAAUGGGAUGUUGUACAAAUUCAAGGUAAACAUAUUGCCAUCCACACUUCGAUUUUGGACGACAAAGUUUCUGCAAUGGAACUAUUACAGCUUUAUGCAAGUAUCUUGAAGGAACGGUUCGCAAAUUAUGUCAAAGAAAUAUUAAGCGAGAUUGCAAUUCCAGCAAUCGAUUUUUACUUGCAUGAUGGUGUUCGUGCCACUGGUGCAUCUUUAAUUCCAAUUCUGUUAAAUUGCUUAGUUAGUGCUUCUGGAUCCCAAAACGAAGAAAUAUUACAAUUGUGGCAAUUUGCCUCCGCUAAAUUAAUUGGUGGCAUCAAUACCGAACCAAUGUUAGAGAUCACCCAAGCUUACCAUACCGCUUUGGUAGACGGUAUGACCGUGAUGAGCAAUGUUUCUCUCAAUGAAGAACUAUUGCCUCAAUACGUAAAGGGUGUUACUAAUAACUUGAGCGAUGUCUUUGAAAGGAUUAAGGAACGUCAUAAUGAGGCUGAUGAAUAUAAUGAAGGCCUUGAUGACGAACUUGACGAAUUUACCGACGAAGAUUUACUAGAUGAAAUUAAUAAAUCUCUUUCAUCUAUAAUGAAAACUUCUGGUCAAACAUUCUUGCCAUACAUUCAGAUAAUAUGGCCAUUGAUCCAAACUUACUUACAAGACACUGAAGUUAUUUUAUUACUUUUCUCACUUGUAGCAAUUGGUGAUAUCAUACAAUAUUAUGGGGAUGUUACAGCCUCUUUCAAAGAUUCUUUCAUUGAAAAAGUCAAAUCAUUCCUCGUUUCACCAGAACCACAACUACGUCAAGCAUCCGCAUACAUUAUCGGUGUAUGUGCUCAAUUUGCACCAAAUACAUAUGGAGAAAUUUGCGUCUCAUCACUAGAAACUUUGCUGCAAGUCAUCAAUAUUCCUGAAGCUAAGAAUGAAGAGAACCAAUCUGCUACCGAAAAUGCUAGUGCUGCAAUUGCUAAGAUUCUUUAUGCAUUCAAUUCAAACAUCCCAAAGGUUGAUGAAUAUACUUCUACGUGGUUCAAAUCUUUGCCAACUACUGUUGAUGAAGAGGCCGCUUCCUUCAACUACAUGUAUUUAAGUCACCUUAUUGAUUCCAAUUCCCCUAUAAUCUGUGAGCCUUCUAAUAUUCCAAUUAUUGUUAAUAACGUCGUUUUAGCUUUACAUCAUAAGUCAAUUGGUGGCAAAACUGCCGAGCUUGUAGUAGGAUCAUUAAAGAAAUUACUAAGUACAUUACCACAGAACGAUGCUAUGGCCAUGCUUCAAAGAUAUCCAGAUGAUUACAUGCAAACUAUUCAGCGUUGGUUUUCCUAA